AUCAUCAUUAGCGACUAUGAGAUGGCCGCCAUAAGAGCGUCGAAAGCGGUCUUCGGAGAAGAUGUCACCACGAAAGGCUGCUUCUUUCACCUCUGCCAGAGUACCCACCGCAAGGUACGCGAGCUGGGCCUCAUCAGCAGGUACAAGACGGACGACAGGUUCAAGAAGAUGUGUGGAAUGCUAGACGGCCUCGCAUUCCUCCCUCCCGACCUUGUUCCAGUUGGGCUGGACUACAUCCGUGGUCAGGCUCCAACAGACCUCGAUGACCUCAUCGACUAUUUUGACGCGACGUAUGUAAACGGAACGUUCCGAGCAGUGUCAUCGAGAGUAGCCGAUGGCGCAUUAACCACAACGAUGCGCCGACGACGCCCCGAGUUUCCGCCGACAGUGUGGAACGUGUUAGAAGCCACAUUAAACAACGAAGACCGCACAAAUAACGCAUGCGAAGGAUGGAACAGCGGGUUUAAGAAGCUUGUCGGGCACAGCCAGCCCAGUAUAUGGAAGCUGAUCGACUGCUUGCAACAAGUUGUCACUCACGACGCACACUACGCGAUACCCAAUCUUUUCCAGCCCGCAAAUCACAUCUUUCAGCAUCUUGUGCAGGAACUCCGCGUCUAG